AUGGUGGCCGACAUCCCCGCAUUCGGAUCCGUCUCCUCCGCUCUCGCUGUUCCCCAUCAACCACCAGCCCCGCGGAGCAGCAGAAAUCUGCUGAUACUUGACCGUUCGGUGACUGCUGAUAUCGGGAUGAUGUAUCACCACGCUAGUGGUCCGCAAGCACCCGGUCCGCAGCAGAUGUACCUGAAGGGUAAACCGGGGUCAUUACCCCAUGGUAACGAUCCACCGGCAGCUGGGAUCACGCAGACGGGACCGGUGUGGGUGCAGCUGAAGACGUACUCCACUCAGCCGGGACCGCCGUAUAGGGGCGUCCGCUUCAACCGCAUGACUAACACCUGGGGAGCCAUGGUCAGCUACAAGGGGAGAGAGGUGGAGAUUUCGUGUCACGAGCACGAGGAGGAGGCCGCUCUCGCUCACGACAGGAGGGUGCUGGAGCUGUUCGGUGCGGGGUCGAGGGUGAACUUUCAGUACAGUGGUCUGGUGGAUAGAGGAACGAUGCGGGUACUCGGGUUACGGUCCGCGGACGGCACAGAGAUCCCCUUUCGAACGGGAGGCGGCGGCGGCGGCGAACAGGGUUUGUCGGGAAUGAGCCCUUCGCACACCCCGCCAGCGCGGCUGCCACCAAGCCCGGGUGGAACGGCGGGAGUAGAAGACACACCGGGGGCUGGUCGCUGGGACGGGGAACGGCACGUCACGCCCGUCCGGCAGUUGCCGAGGGCCCCGGGGAUGGGGGUGGAAGGGCCCCGUGAGGAGCCCUGGGCGGCAGCGGAAGGGUCGGUGGCCGCACGGCCAGAUCCAGGGCCACCGGCGGCGGCGGCGGCGGCGGCGGCGGCAGCGUCGGACCACCCGUCCGCCAACGUCGCUAAGGCUGGAGACCACGAUGACGCCGGUCUUGUCUACGAGAUAGCUUUCCCGCAACCUGGGGCCCUGGGACUCAACCUCCGGACUUACCUCGCGGAACAGCCCGCCGGUGCACGGCUCGGCCUUCCCCCGUACGGAAGCUUGGAAGUGCUCGACGCUCAGAAGUUUUACCUGAAGGCGAGCGAUCGUUGAACCGGGGGACCUCCUUGUGGCCAUCAACGGCAAGAAGCUCACCGGGAGCAGGUUCAGCUUCGAGGACGCCAUCGCUGUCUGCAGCAGAGCGUCCCUGCCAAGGGUGCUCCGAUUUGCCCGCAUGAAGGGGGCUUCCGCUGCGGAGAUCGAGUGCGCGUUCGGGGCUGAUGUGGUGUGUGCUACAUUCGACGCCAUGGACGCGCCCCAGCAGCGGCUGGUGACGGCGCAGCUACACCCCUCGGCACCCUCGCAUUUUUUUCUCAACCCGCCAACUAGGCAGGGGACGAAAACCCCCACCGCGGGUACAGCCGCUGGCGGUGCUGAGGCGACGGCGGCGAUUGGUGCGUCCGCGCCAUCACAAUCACAACAGGCGACGACAAAGCAGGCUGCGACAACGCCUAGUACCCGGCCAUGUUCGUCAACAAUGAUGAUGGGCACCGAAGGCGCCUCAGCGGUAGCGACCCCGGCCCCGGUGACCUAGCCGCCUCCUACGCUUGCUUGUUGCCCGGUUCCGACAACACUGCGCGCACAAGAACAGCAGUCGACCAGUUUGUGUGUGCGUGCGUGUUGUAUUAUUUUUUAGCUUACAGUACAGUGAACGCGCGAGCCGGCUGUGUAGUCGGGAUGACCGGAAAAUUUUCAUUCUCCAGAAUUAUUUGUUAGCCCUUGUUUGUUUGCCCGCCGGGGUCUGCAGUCUGUGCCUAAAUGACCGAGAGGAUAUAGAGGGCGCCUGGCAAUCUGCUGGCGCAUGGGGGUUGCGCGAAGGCGGCAGAGAUUAGUAGUCGGGGGUGACUGCGCAUACCCGUACGAUGAGACCCAACGGAUAGAAUGUUGGAUGGGGCGUGCGGCGGCAAGCAGCCUGAUUCAGAGCAUUGAUCGUUGGGCGAUGAAAGCUCAUCCGUUAUGCAUGCAACAAAUCUCACAUUUUUUUUUUAGUUUCUUGAGGGGGGGCAAGCACUGCAACGAGUUCGGUGCACAGAGACGGUCCCAACGCAGGCAGGCAUCGAUAUGGAUGGAGGAGUGAUUGCUAGAAUGGAUGGUGGUAGAGGUGCUAGAGAGGGAAGAAAACUCUUUGUGUGGCCUUCCUCCUGCGCGGCCCCCGCUGGUGAUGCGUUCCAAACACAGACAGAGCGAAGGUGGGUGUGUUACAGAGGGCCGUCAAGGAAUCCAGAAUGUAUCUAUUCCUUCCAUCCCUGUAUAGCAGGUAGACUUCACGUUUCUCGCCCGGCGUGCACAAAUGCAAGGCAGGCGGGCGUGGUGGAACUCAGGGCUACCGGUGGGCUGGUGAACGCUCUUUUGGACUCAAGGAAGAUAUCGGAAAAGAAGAGUUAUGACAACAACGGCAAGACGAUUGCAACAUGUGUAAAAUGUAGCAUACAACGUAGUCGAAGGUAUUUAGCCUGUGAUUUGCUGUGUGUGAUCAUCGAUGAGAGGAGGGUAGAUGAUGGUGGCACGCAUAUAGCAUUGUUAUAGUAUAGGUUUGCAAUCUCUUCGAACCGACCCCGGGAGGAACUUCUCCCCCCAAGACUA